UUCUAUUUAGAUAGAGAAGUAUAAAUCUGUAAACGAAAUACGAUUUAAACACUUGUCAACUUGAAUGAGACAAAUCGCUGAUUAUACAAAUUCACAUAAGAAGGAUGAGAAAAAAAAAUGUUUUGUGAAAUAAGAAAGUGAUUUUUUGAUGUUUAUUGACGGCAAAGAUAAAUUGUCGAAAAGCAAAGAAAUUUGUUAACCGAAAAAAUGAAUAAUUAUUAGACAUCAACUGUUCAGACAUUCAGUAAAUCACCGACAGUUGAAAAUUUUAAGGUCGAUUGUGACAAAUUUUUAAAGAAAAACAAUUUUUUGAUUAAUUAGAAAUUUCCUUUGCGACUUCCGAUUGAUUCUAAUAAGACGUGACUACAUUGAACACUGCUCGACGAGUUGGAAUAAAAAUUCUGGGCAUGAAAAAGUGAUAAAAUUGCAAUAUCUGAAAGACAAAAGUGUAAAAAGUGCCAUUUAUGGGCAGUUAAUUAAACUUAAAUUCAAUAAUAAAAAGAGAGAAAAACUGUUACACUCCAAUCGAGAAGAGAUAUUAAGUGAGCAGUUACAAAAUGUCAUGAUAAUUGGAUAAAAAAUUGCAAAUUUAAUGAUUUUAAACAUUAUAACAUUGGAUUAUACCCGUCAUGGAUCAGAAUGUACAAAAAAUAAUAUAAACAUGAUUGUAAAUGUAAGCGAUAAACGACAUCGAAUGUCACGAAUAAAUUAUUUCCAUCUCCGAAAUCAUCACAUCACCUUACUGUCUAUAGUAUUAAUAUCACUGAUUCCACUAGUAUUAGGAAAUUCAAUAUGCACGCAUCACGAAUAUUGGGAUUCAAAUUUAGAUGAAUGUGUGCCAUGUACAAAAUGUAAUAGACAUCAAAUUGUAAUCCGUCCAUGUCAACGACAUUUAGAUACAGUAUGUCGCCCGAUCAAUUCUGUUGACAUUGAUUGGAGUAAGUCUAUGCUGAUGGCGACUGAUAGGACGACUCUUAAAAAGGAACAUCAUCGCGUAAUGAGUACAAUGGAAUCAUUUUCAGCCGAGGCGGCUGAAUCAAGGGAAGAAGAACUCCUGUUGUGGGACUGGCAACUCAUAACAUUAAUCCUCGCAAUUAUUGCCUGUCUCUUAUUCUUUAUUGUUACUGCAAUCAUUUCCAUUAAUUAUGUUCGUCAAUGGCGAAAAAUCAAGAAACAGUUUGACACUGACAUUGAACAUUUAUCACAACAACUAAUGGCACGACUGGCAAAUCCACCAUCGGAAAGUGCAACGAUAUUCAUUGACGAUCCAUCAUCAAGAAAUAACUGCUUGGGACCGAGACAAAUUGAAGUACGUUGUGUUUAUUUAGAAGAUCUUAUAGCUGGAAAGGAGUCAUUAAAAUUAGAUCCAAAAGGAAGUGUUCGAGUGUCAAAUAAUCAAGCUGGAAAUGUAUACAUAGAAGAUAAUGAGAAACGUCAUGUCAUUGUCGGCCACAAGCUCAUUUAAGUGAUCAUCUACAAUGUAGUGACUUAACACAUCACUUUCCAUACAUGCAUUGAUUUAUGUAAGAAAAUGUUGAUGCCAGUCAAAAGUCAAAUGUAAUUAAAAGAGAAAGAAAAUCGAGAGAUGCAAACAACCAUUCGAAUGCAUCUGUAUGUAUAGAGCAUGUGAAUAAUGUACAUGUGUCUCAACUCGACACAUUACAAACAAAACAGAUGGUGGCAAUAGAACUAAAUGGCAAUAAAACAAAUUUUUUUACGAAAUAUACACAAAAAUAAUAUACUCAACAUGACAAGCCUGUGUACGAAGCAAGAUGCGCAUGCAAGAAAUAAAUGAAAAAUCGCAUCAAAUCAUGUAAAAUAUUCUUCAUUGCAUUCAAGUAGCUAGUAGCUGUAAAUAUAGAGAUACGAUCAUUAUGCAAAAAAAAGCACCGAGUGUAGUUUCUAAUCAGAUGAUGAAAAAUUUCAUUCAUAAAAUAUUUAAUUGAGAGAAAGAUUUAUGUUCAUUUUGCGGUUGUACAAUAAAUGCUGAGAGAAAUGUAAAAUGUGAAAUUUUUU